UCAAACCGAAAACGACCGCCAUAAAGUGAAGAAGUAUCGCGAAGUGAACGGAAAAGCACACCAUCGUACUGCAGACGUCGAAAAAAAACUCACGGUCGAAAAGAGAAAAUUUCGGUUUUGCCCUCGAGUGCGACGCAGUGUUUGUAGUUUUUCGUGAUAAAACAGGAAUAUUUCCUACGGACGAGUGUGAUUUGCAGAGAAAAAGUGCUGAUUUAACCCGUUUUCGGUGCGUUGUGAAGUGAGAAAAGAUUUCAAAUUUGCUGGCACCGUAAGUUGGGCUCGGUGCCGACAUCACUGAGAAUGUUCUCCACCAAAAAGGAUAUUGAUCGGCACGUUAAAACGUCGCUAGCGAAAUUGCCGGAGCAUGAGAAAUUUCUACGAGGUUUGGCGAUAGCUCGACAAUAUUUCAAACUAGGCGAGUACAGCAGUGCUGAGCAUUGGCUUUCCUGUUUCCUCACGGUGCAAGAGGACAGCGCUCCCGGUCAUAAACUUCUUGGGCAAUGUUACGAGAAGCAGAAAAAAAUCGACAGAGCAAUCACCUCAUAUCAACGGUCUCUUCAACUGGAUUCCAAACAAACCGGAUUGAUCACGGAAGUUUGUAAACUAUUGUUGUCGGAUGAUAACUUUAGUAAAAAUCUUUCGAAAGCUAAGCACUGGUGCGAUCUCGCCGAAACGGAACGCAUCAACCAUGAAGCCGUACUGAAUCUGAAACUUAAAGUGGCAAAUAAAGACACCACUACUGACAACAAGCUGAUUAAGGAGAUUAUUCUCAAAGAAAUCGUAGCUCGUCCUCUGGAUCCGGGUCUGCGAAUACGCCUUGUGAAGCAUUUCAUAGAGGAGAAAAGGAUGGACGAUGCUUUCAAAUAUUGCUUUGAUAUAGAAAUGAAGUUUACCGAAACGUUCCAACAGUCGAUCGAAUGGACCAAUGCCAUCUCAUCCAUGUUGACCAAGUACGUUGAACAGAACGUCAACACCUACCAAUCGAAUUGGAACUACUGGCUUCUGUCCAUUUUAACCCUUGACCGCCAAAUUUACCUCAACCUUUUGGCUGAUUCGUCACUUCAAUCAAUCAAGCAGAGUAACCUGAAAGAAAUAGCCACACUCUUGUUUGAACUGGACCAGACCCUACGCAAAUUUGCCGACAAAGGGCGAAAUGCGUGUCCAAAUAAACAGCUUGCCGAGGAAUUUCUCCGCCACUACCGUGGCCAGCUACUGCUUCACUCAUCUUCUCUACUCUUUAAGCAUGAGAAGCAAGGCAGCGGCAAAGCGCGAGAUGUGACUACGAAAUGUUUGCCGCUCCUGUUCCUGGCAUAUCAGUGUGGCGUUCCGGACUCGGACGAACCAUGGCUGAAGCACACCAACGACAUCACGCGGGGAUUGGUAGCUUACUGGAACAAACAGGCCAGUUUUCGGUGCUGUCAGGCCGGCGGAACGAUACUAUCUUGCAUUGACGAAAGUGUGGACGCGUCGGUGAUUGCUCAGAUCCAAAGUGUGACGGAGAGUAAAAUUUGGAAUACCGCGGAAGAUCUGGUCAAUCAGGUUCGCCAGUUUUGCUCCGAUGUCGGUUGGAAGAAACACGUUUUCCGUGCGUUGUACAGCAAUAAUGGGGAUCACGUUUCAAAAAUGUCAUCUUCCUAUUUUAUGCAGAGCGGUUCCAUUGGCGAGCCUCAGUAUGUGCUCCCUAAGCGAGAACAUAUGCAAAUGUAUCUGGAGAUCGCCCAAUACCUGUACCCGUCUUCGCUGGCUUACCAAAUCUAUCUGGGUCUCGGCGUAGAAGACUUAUCCGAACUGAAAUGCAAAUCGUUCAAAGGACUGAACUUUUCUACCAACAAUUUGGACAAUUGUAACGUUGAAACCCUAAAUCAACUGGAUGUGGAUUGUUUCCUAUACUGCUCGAUUUUGGUAGCGAAAAGUUGCAUGGAAGGAGAAAGGAAAUAUCAGGACAAAAUCGAUACUGGCAAACCCAUAAUCCUGCCUGCGCCCAUCAUGAUUCCUACGCUAUGUGAGGAGAAUAAGCUGGAUUGGUGGAACGCAGCAAGUGCCAUUUUCAAGAACACAAAAAUGGAUAAUAUGUCUUCGAACAAGCAGCUGCUCCAACAUGGCAUCCAGGCAGUAAGAGGGACCGGAACACCGAUAACGGAUGUACUUGUUCUGCUUAAGCUGGGGAAGAUUCUGGCGAAGCGUGUCACCUCCGCAAUGGUACCAGAAGAGAGACGUCAGUUAGAGCUACGAACCGAAAGUGUUUACAAGGCGGGGGUUCUUUUGUGGAAAAUGCGAAACGAAGCUUCGUUCAGUAGCACCAACAUCUUCUUCAAGUAUGGUAUUGAAUCGUUUGAUUGCAGCCAAGAAGCGGUAAAGCUUGCCGAGGAAGCUCUGACCUACCUGGCUGGUGCAUACUUCAGGCAUGGGCGAUACGAAGAAUUCACGCACGAUUUUGGAGGUAUUCCAUUACCAUUUGCUGCUUAUUUCAGAGCUGAAGCUUUUAAAAAAUUGGAUGAGUCGAGUAAGACGCCCCUGAAAACGAAGAAGUUUUACAGUGAAAGGGCUCGGGAUUGUAUGAAACAAACUCAAAAAUAUUUAGAGCUGCCCUACAUUGAAAAAAGCCAUCCUUUGCAUUUCGUUGUUCAUAGUGAAAUCAAGCGUUUACAGUUCAACGAUUCUAUGGACGGAAGCUUGAACACCUCUCUCAAUGGCUUCGGUACUGCUGGCGGUAUUGAUGACAGUGAUCACUUCCAAUCUUUCAGCUCUUCGACCAACACUGGGUUGAACAGAUCGGAACGCGAGGCUGCUAAUUUUUCCGCCAAGACCAAUGAGUUGGAAAAUCUGAUUCGAAAGAUGAUGGAGACACUGAACAUUGUGAAGGAGGACGUGUUGAACAUAAGAAACGAUGUGGGUGACAUGCAGGAGCGGCUGGUGAAGAUCGAAGAAAACAUUCAUAAGAAGCCUGCUGAAGAUGAUGCAAAUAGAGCGGCUUCCGUGUUAAAUGAUCUGUACAUUUUGGAUGAAUUGCAAAAUCCCUCUUUCGCAAGCCAAGCAGCAUAUAAUCCACCAAUGCAGCAACUAACACCUAAUAUGGGCCCAUCACAUAAUCGUUUACCUCCUGCUCAUUCCGCAGCUGCGGCGGCGGCGGCAGCAGUGGCUAUGCAACAAACAAAUGCUGCUUACCAGCAAUUUUACAACACAUCUUAUCCAAUGUACAUGCAACAGUAUGCCCAACAACAAGGUCGCGCACAGAUAGGAUCCAUUGCUUCACCCAUGCAUACUUAUCCGGACAAUAAUCUUUUGGUACAAGCUUCUUCAGCUCCUUAUUAUCAGCAACAGCAGCCUUCCCUUCCACCAGUGGCACUGCCAACUCCACAAGUUCCUGUAGCAAUCCCAAAAGGUUCAUCGCUGAUUGAACAGGCCCUUCAAACACCCACCCUCCUUAACACUUGGAAUUCCACCUACAAUUCUGCAAUUCCAGCAACUUCAAUGGCUCCACCGCUGGCCACUAGUUCAACUCCUCUGGAAAAAGCAGCGCCAGUCAAUGUAGUAAUAACCAACUCCGAUCCUUUACCAACUAACAUUUCGGUUGGAACUACGCAACCAAUGUACAGCGUCACGAUUCCACCACAACACAUCAAACAUAGCGUUGUUGGCAAUACUCCAACGGUCACGCCAGUGGUCCCUUCGUCUGUACCAGUCGCUCUUCCUGCCUCGGGUAUAGAAAAUAUCUCUCCGGUUGAACAACAGCCAAUUAACACCAAAUUCCCAAUUCCAGCUCCGAAGGCAACAUUGCCGACAACCAUUAUGCCGGGAAUGUUCAGUCAAAGCAUCAACUCAUCUUUGACACUAAACACCAGCACUGCGGAACCUGAAGAAGACAACGACGAGGAGGAUUCCGCCAAUGUGUCUGGAGAGUACGAUCCUCGGCCAGACUUCAAACCAAUCAUCGCCCUUCCAGAUGAAAUCGAAGUGAAAACCGGCGAAGAAGAUGAAGAACAGAUAUUUUGCGGUAGGUCCAAGCUAUUGCGGAUGGUUGAUAAGGAGUGGAAAGAAAGAGGGCUGGGCGAUCUAAAAAUUCUCAAAAGCAAAACCGACCCGUCCAAGUAUAGAAUCGUUAUGAGGCGAGAGCAAGUUCAUAAGAUUGCCGCCAAUCAUUCGAUUUCACCGGAAUUGAUUAUCAAACCGAUGGAGAAGAAUAACAAAUGUUACACUUGGGCCGCAAUGGACUUCGCUGACGAGGAACCUAGAAAGGAAACGUUCUGCGCACGGUUUGCGAGUGUGGAACUGGCCAAAGAAUUCUAUGAUAAAUUUAACGAUGCUAAAAAUGAGAUAAACAAGCUGAAAAAACAGAAGGAAAAUGCCGCAGCUACUCCCAACUUUGCAUUCAGUACCCCUAAACCAGAUACGUCAUCAACCGCUACUAACAAAUCAUCAUUUGCUGCAACUGUGCCGCCGAUAAAACCAAUUUUCGGAAUGACUACAGUUGCCACAACAACUGCAGCUACGUCUACAACAACAGCUCCAAAACCAUUCCAAGGUUUUACAUUCACCAAUAAUUUUACACCUAAAACAACAACGGUCGAGGAAAAGCCAAAAGAACCGACGAAACCGAGUCCUUUUGCAUCGUUCAGUUUCGGGGCUAACACGAAAACCGUUACACCUCCAUCCGUUGAUUCAUCAACUGGUCAAAAAUCUUUCACUGAUAUUUAUAAUAGCUUAAACAAGCUUACUGCUCCGUCGAUUAUUUCCACACCGGUGAAUGUCGUCGCAUCCAAGAACCCCGAAACGCAACCUUCGAAUACUUCUCUCAACGAAGACGUGGUUGAAGAAUUCGUCCCCACCGCAGAUUUCAAACCGGUGAUUGCGCUACCUGAACUAGUUGAAGUGAAAACAGGCGAAGAAGGCUUUGAUUGUGUGUUUGAACACCGAGCAAAAAUUUUCCGCAUGGACAAAACGGCUAAGGAAUGGAAGGAACGUGGUAUCGGAAACAUCCGAGUGCUGGUAAACAAAGAGGACAACAACGUUGCUCGUUUACUGAUGCGGCGGGAGCAGGUGCUGAAGUUGUGCUGCAAUCAACUGAUUACUAAAGACGUGAAGUUCACUCGUACCGAGAAGAACAACUCUUUGACCUGGGUGGGACACGACUACUCCGAGAAUGAGUUGGUGGUCGAAACAUUUGCUAUUCGCUUCAAGACGGCUGACGUCCGUGAUGAUUUCCACAACAUAUUGACAAAGGUACAAGCCGCUAUGGGCGAUAAGCCACAAUCCGAUGCAACUUAUAAAAAGGAAGACAAGAAAACUGAACCAAAAGGCUUUGGAGAUAAGUUCAAACCUAAAGCCGGUUCGUGGACCUGCGAGUCAUGUUAUCUAACAAACAAGGCUGAUGAUGUGUACUGCAUGGCUUGUAACAGUCCAAAGGAUUCUACAGUGCCGAAAAAGGAAAGCAACUUGCUGGACACAAUGUCGAAAACCACAAGUAAAUUCACUUUCGGUGUGCAACCGGCUUCAAAGAAAGAUCCACCUGUUGCAGGUUUUGGCGACCAAUUCAAGCCAAAGGCCGGAUCUUGGACUUGUUCUGGAUGCUACGUCACCAAUAAAGCCGAUGACCUGUACUGUUUGGCAUGUGAUACUCCGAAAGACUCCACAGUUCCUAAAAAAGAAAAUAAAGGAGUUCUUGGAGCUGCCGGAGAUGGUCCUAAGCUUACGUUUGCAUCCGGUGGUGGUUUCACGUUUGGCGUUCCAGCUGUCACAUCCACUGCUACUAUUAGUAGUAGUGUUGUGACAACUACCACUGGAUCAGGCUUCACCUUUGGAUCUACACCCGGAUCUGGAUUCACUUUCGGAAUCAACCUUCCAAAACCGGCUGUCACAGCAACGCCUUCAACUAUAUCGACUGACGUUGCUACUGCGGUAACAUCUACGACUGCGUCCAGUAGUUUCAAGUUUGAGCUUCCGAAACCGACGUUGUCUUUUGGGCCCUCGCCAACGAAAUCCACGGUAGACACUGCGAGUGCAACCACCCCUAGGUUGCCUGCUCCCGCCGAGAAGACAUCGUUCGAGUUCGUGUUCAAGCCGAAAUCUCCGGGGAAACCGAAAAGUCCGGGUCGCACUUUGAGCACUGGAUCUGCCAAUGACGAUGCCGAAUGUGAAGCGGAAGGGGAAGAAUGUGCCGAGGAGGAGAACAACACCUACUUCACACCGGUGAUUCCGCUUCCGGAUAAGGUUGAUGUUAAAACGGGUGAGGAAGAUGAAGAUGUGCUGUACUCACACAGAUCGAAGUUGUACCGCUAUGUUGACAAAGAAUGGAAAGAACGAGGUAUCGGUGAUGUUAAAAUCUUAAAACACAAAACCAAUGGAAAACUGAGAGUGGUCAUGCGUCGAGAUCAAGUACUGAAAAUAUGUUUGAAUCAUGCCCUGGAUAGCGAUGUGCAGUACCAGAAGAAGGACGAUAAGUCGUGGCAGUUUAUUGCGAACGACUUCUCGGAAGGAGUUUUCGAAGUGAUGAACUUUUCAUUGCGCUUUAAGAAUGCCGAAAUUGCAAAUGACUUCAAAAUCGCAAUCGAUCGUGCCCUUUCCGGUGAAGCAACCAAAGCUUCAUCACCGGCUUCCAACAUACUCAACGCUACAUUGGAUUCCACUAUUUCGACUCCGAUCAGUAACCUCAACUUUUCACAGCUGAGUGAUAUUUCGCUGGACGAAAAAGCAAUAAUUGAUAAGCACAAAUUGCCCGCAAACUUUUUCGACAGCCCUAAACAACCGUGCCCGGGCUGUCGUGGCUGUGAUCCGGAUGGCUUUGUCUUUCCAACGUACGACCUUGCUAUGAAUAGAGAUCUCCUGGACCAAAAACCGUUACCGAUGAAUGUGAACGACGUGAAACCCGUGCCCAUUACACGAAAAAUUACGAGAUCACCAAAGAAAGUGAGCUUUUCCGAAUCGAAUGAAGACGAAAAGGUGAACAAUCUGUUCGGCUCGUUAUCUACGACCACAACAGUCGGGAAAACCACCGACAGCAAGUCUUCACCAUUCUCUAUCAGUAGUUUUGUUUCGGCGGAAAAACAAUCGUCAGCAUCUACGGUUUUCGGAACCGCGUCAAUACCUACAACAGAUCAGUCAACUCCCAAGUCUAUUUUUGGAGGUUUUGCAUCCGGAACCACCUCGGGCACACCCGUUACUGGAUCGAUUUUUUCCUCUUCUCUGAAUACAACCCCUAAAACUGUGCUUCCAUCUUCGCAAACGGACAAGUCGAAGUCACCACUACUACAGCCCUCCGUGUUUGGUUCUGUAGGUUCCGGGUCUAGUUUGAACAAGUCGGCUGAGGGAGUUCAACUGUUUGGUUCCGGUUUCGGACAAAUCAGCACGGCCAGCGCGAAUAUCUUUGGAGGAACUCCCGGCUCAACCACGAAGUCGGAAACUCCCGCCAAUACCCCAAUUAGUAAUGUAACGACACCCGCGCUGGGUUCCGCCGGAAGCGGUAAUAUAUUUGGUGGAUUUGGUAACAGCUCCUCUACUCCGGUGUUUGGGUCCCUUUCCACGAGCGCAAAUCUUACAGGAGGUUUCAGUUUUGCCGAUGCUGCCAAAGGAUUUGACAAGCAAACAAUCAUUGAGUCAGAUUUGCUUAAAAAGAUGGAAACGGGCGUGAGCUUUGCAUCACUUGCUACCGGAAAAUCUGAAAAUUUCUUGACCAAACAAAACGCCCCCAAUACUGGGUUCGUAGGUCUAACGGUGAAGGAGGAUGUCUUCACCAGGAUGGCUAACAGCAGCAAAAAUGAUAGUACCGGCGACACUGACGACAAAGGGGAAGCAGCGGGUGGUGAUGAGAACUAUGACCCCCAUUAUGAACCUAUUAUACAGUUGCCGGACGAAAUCGAAGUGCGGACUGGCGAGGAGGAAGAGACAAAAUUGUUCGGUUGCAGAGCAAAGCUAUACCGGUACGACGCGGAUACAAAGGAGUGGAAAGAACGAGGUGUUGGUGAGCUGAAAAUUUUGUUCCAUCCUGAACGAAAGAGCUACAGGUUGCUGAUGAGGCGAGAACAAAUUUUUAAACUUGUGCUAAACCACGUAAUCUCCAGCGACCUACUUGUGACAUCGAUGAACAGCAAAGCGUUCAUUUGGGCCGCCAUGAAUCAUGCCGAGGAGGGUCCUCAGUUGGAAAAGUUAGCGGCGCGAUUUAAGAACGAGGACCUUGCCGGUAACUUCAAGACUAUACUGGAUCAGUGCCAGGAAAAUCUUCGACAAAAACCAGAUCUAGAACCGGAUCAGGACUAAUACAACGCCACUGCUGGACGUGAGUAACCAUCAAAAGAAAGAGUGUUAUUAUAUUUAUGUGUAUAAUUAUUAUAUAUUGGUGAUUAAUGGUAAUUAGUUGCAGCGUAUCUGUCACUUUUAAUGUAUAUUCUUUUAAGAUUUUUUCAUGGAGCCCUACCAAAAUUGUUUUUCGUUGACUUUUGGAUAGGUUUUCUGUUGCAUGUCAGAUCGAAUCAUGAAACCGUUGCGCCGCACAUAGCGCUCAAGUUAAAUCACAAACUUGGAAUCAAGCUUUUCUUUAAAUCACGUCUAGAGCUAUUAGCUUAGGUACAUCUAACGUAUAAAAUAAAACUAAAUUAAGAAAAGAAAAAAUAAUUUGAAGUGACUACUAUGCUUGGUGCUUCGAUUAGCAACCCCACCUAUGGAAAUCCCGCGAUGAUGUAAAAAAAGACUGACGUAUAGUGAAACUAACCAACCCCAGACCAUAUAAUGUUACGAGGUCUGCGCAAGCAUGGCUUGACGGCUCACUUCAGGUUAGUUUUUAGGUUGAACGCUAAUUUUAAGUUGGCAAUCUAAUUUUAUGAAACUACUAUGAUAUGCAAUUGAAAAAUAAGAAACGGUUUAGCUUAAAAGAGAAAAAAAGCGUCAUAAAAUUACCUACGCACCAGUGCCGUGGAGAAAUAUUGCGAUCUGAAGUGAAUUUUCGUGCUGUGGUAAAGAAAAACAAAACGUUUUCUCACCCUACGAAGUAUAUUUGGAUAUGUACAUUGGAUGAAACAAUUUCAAUAGCCGCAUCUACGAUUUAAUUUACUUCAAAAGAGGAAAUCACGGUCUUGGUCGUGUUACAUUACUAUCGGGGUUUAUUUAAGAUCAAACAUACUCAAACUCGGGAGCGGUCAAAGCUUUGCGCAAUAGAUACUUGAAAAUCCCUGAUAAUAACGAUAACUGCUAAAUGCGUCGUUUUCCCAACACUACUAUUCUGUUUUUCUGCAAUCUAUACACGGUUUCAUUUUUGUUGUUGAUUUACAAUACCAAUGUCAUCAAACAUAUAUCCGAUAUCAAUUCUCUGAUAAUACAGUUAAUUAAAAUUUCAUAACAUGAUAAAAA